AUGGAGAGAGAACAAGAGGAGAUGCAAUUUGUUGGAUUCUUUGGUGUCUACAAAGAAGCCUCCAAGAUCAUACUUUCAUGGAGGAGAAUCUUCUCCCAAAUCACCUUAACAUUAAUUCUCCCUCUCUCCUUCAUCUUCCUCAUCCACAUAGAGGUCUCCAACCUCCUCUUCAGGAAGAUUCUCUACAACUCAAUAGUCAUGAAUGAGACAAAGCCUGACACACCCCGAUACAACAAGCUUUCUGACAUGAUCUCUUCCGAAUGGAUCACUCUCGUGCUCUUCAAACUCGUUUACUUUACUUUGCUUCUCGUAUUCUCCCUCCUCUCCACCUCAGCAGUGGUCUACACCAUCGCCUCCAUCUACACCGCAAAAGAGGUAACUUUCAAGAGGGUCAUGAGUGUGGUCCCUAAGGUGUGGAAGAGGCUCAUGUUGACCUUCUUAUGUGCCUUCGCUGCCUUUUUCGCUUACAAUAUCGUGACCAUGCUGGUUAUCUUCUUGUGUGCGCUUGUAAUUGGGUUUAGCACUGGUGGGGUUGUGGUUUUUGUUUUGCUAGCUGUUCUGUACUUCAUUGGGUUCGUGUACCUCACCGUGGUGUGGCAACUGGCCAGUGUUGUGACUGUGUUGGAAGAUUCGUGGGGGAUUCGAGCCAUGAUGAAGAGCAAGGAGUUGAUAAAGGGGAAGAUGGUGCUGUCCAUAUUCGUAUUUUUCACUCUGGUGGGGUCUUUUGUUUUGAUAAGGGUUUUGUUCAAGCAGACUGUGGUGGAAGGAUGGAGUGUGAAUUCUGUGGACAGAACAGCAUAUGGUGUUCUUUGUUUCUUGCUCUUGUCUUGUUUGUUCCUCUUUGGGCUUGUUGUGCAAACUGUGAUCUAUUUUGUUUGCAAGUCCUUUCAUCACGAGAAUAUUGACAAAUCAGCUUUAGCAGAUCAUCUUGAAGUUUAUCGAGGAGAAUAUGUGCCUUUGACGGCCAAGGAUGUUCAGCUGGAGCAAUACCAAGUUUGA